GUUCCGUCCAUCCGGCCGGAAGUGUCAAGGUCACGCCGCACGACUACAUGUUGUCUCUGUACUGGAGCCGCUCCCACAAUCAGCCCAACAACAGCAUGGCCGACACCGUCACCAGCUUUGUGGAUAAAGGUCAAGAUGAGCGAGGGUCGGUCCUGAGGCGUCAGCAGUACCGCUUCAACAUCUCCUCUGUGGAUCCCGAUGAACUUCUGGGAGCUGAACUUCGCAUCCUGAGAAAGAGUUGGCCCGACCCCGGCAGGAAGGCGCUGCGCGGGGCCCGGUGGCUGAAGCUGUACGAGUGUGGGCGGGCCGGACAGAAGGCAGUCCUGCUGCAGACAAUGGCGGCGGGGCCUUUGGAGGGUCCCGGCGGCAGGUGGGAGGUGUUCAAUGUGUGGAAAGCAGUGAAGGGCUUGAAACGAACCCAACAGAAUCAGCCACUGUGCUUCCAACUGGAAGGGGGUGUUGGCGCCGACCUGCGCUUGCUAGGCUUGGGCCGACCGAGAAGGAGCGACAAAGAGAAGGCCUUCCUGCUCGCGUUUGGCAGGAGCAGCAAGUCGGAUCUCUUCUACAACGAGAUCCGAGCUCGAUCCGGUCACGACAAUAAAACUGUCUAUGAGUACUUGUUCACACAGCGACGCACAAGGCGAGCUCCACCCACUGGGGCCCUCCAAAAACUGCCGCCACAGACCCUCCCGCCAAAGACACACACGAGGUGCCAGCGGCGCCGCCUCCAUGUCAACUUCAAAGAAAUGGGCUGGGACGACUGGAUCAUCGCGCCGCUCGACUACCACGCCUUUCACUGCGGGGGCGCAUGCGACUUCCCUCUGCGCUCGCACAUGGAGCCCACCAACCACGCCAUCAUACAGACCCUGCUCCACUCCAUGGACCCGCCCUCAGCCCCACCCUCCUGCUGCGUUCCCACGCGCCUCAGUCCAAUCAGUAUCCUGUACGUGGACUCGAACAACAACGUGGUCUACAAGCAGUACGACGACAUGGUCGUGGACGCCUGCGGCUGCAGGUAG